UCCUAUGACGCCUAUUCUUGCUGAAACGUGAAUUUGGGAAACCUCCCACGCCUAUUCUUCGCCUGAGAAGAGAAGUGGUAUGCAACCGCUCAGCCGCCGCCGCCGCACGUGAAGCUCCGGCGACCAACCUACAUCAUCGAACCUUGUGUGUUAGCUUUGAUUGGUUGUUUCUUCAAUUAUGGCUGCUUUGAUCUCCAAAAGACUGCUACGUUCUUCUGAAUCCUUGCAUUCACUAGGACGCCGCUGUUUUCAUCAAUCGCGUGAUAUAUGCAGCAGUUUAUCUGGGGAGAGACGGUUUUCUGCACAACGUCCUGGCCUUCUCUUGGCCAGGUCAAUGAUCCAACGGUUUUGUACUUCUGUUUCGGUUCCGGGGUACCACGAAGGUGCAUUUCCGUCUGAUUUAUUGUCCAAUAAGCCUCUCGCAACAUCUGAGCGUGAUAUAGGGCUUUGUCAGGAUCUUUUAAUUCCAGUAACAAACUUUCAUAAUGAAGACAAGGGCUUAAUGGUUUUAGCUGGAGAUGUUUUUGAUGUGCCCAUUCGCAAGGAUAUUAUUCAUCGUGUUGUUAGGUGGCAGCUUGCAAAACGACAACAGGGAACUCACUCAACCAAAACCGUAAGUGAGGUCAGGGGGACUGGAAGAAAGAUGUAUAAACAAAAGGGAUUGGGAAAAGCAAGGCACGGAUCACAGCGUGUGCAUCUGUUCAGGGGUGGUGCUGCCAUGCAUGGCCCGAAGCCCCGUAGCCAUGCUUUCAAACUCAAUAAGAAGGUUCGCCGUCUGGGGCUGAAGAUUGCUUUGUCAGCUCGUGCAGCAGAAGGAAAGCUUCUUGUCUUUGAGGAUCUGGAUGUUCUCACACAUAAAACCAAGAACAUUGUGAAUUAUUUCAAACAAAUGGAGGACUCCAAGAAACUUCUGCUCGUAGAUGGUGGCCCCAUAAAUGAAAAGCUAAAAUUAGCUACACAAAAUCUACAUUAUGUUAACGUCCUUCCCUCCAUUGGCUUGAAUGUCUACAGUAUUUUGCUGCACGACACUUUGGUGAUGUCUCGAGAUGCGGUGAACAAAAUUGUUGAGCGUAUGCAUACUCCAAUAAGUCGUUGAGGCAGUAACUAUUUUUGUGCUCCACUUUAUUUAUUCAGAAUCAGGAAUAGUGUCCCAUCUCCCCAUUUCUGUAACAUAAGUAAUCCAAUGAUAAUGUUUUUUGUAUGACUGUUCUGUUAAAAUUACUCAAGCUAGGAAAGUUCAUACCAUUUCUAUGGCGUUCAAGACUGCAACUUAGGAAUUUGAUGGUUGAAUUUUAAUGCUCAAGCGGUUAGGUUUGUCA